AAUACAUUUCAGCUGUUCUCAGCCCUGCUGCAUUCUUGCCAAAGACUCCAGCAGCAGCAUGAAGUUGGGAGGCUUCCUCCUCCUUGUGGCCCUGCUUAUGCUCAGCUCAGAGGUACAGGAGCUGCAGGCUGCAGUGAGACCAGUGAAAUUUCUGGGCUCCUGUGUUGAUCUCUGCCAUGGGAUUGGGACUGUGAUUCAGGAGAACGCUGUGUCAGCAAUGGUUGUGGCCACAUCUGUGUUUCAGACUAAAGACAGAGGAAGAUUUAUCCUAAAGACCAUCCUUCUGUAAUCAUUGCUCAUCCUUUCCUGGAGUUCCUAUCUUCAAAGAUGUGAUGAUUUGAAGCUCCUUCCCAGGAAAACAGAUGAAAAUGGGGCCCGUGUCUGGAGAAGACAGGGGAUGUGAUGAGGAAGGAAAAUAAUUGUUCCUUUUAAUAAAUCAGCAUCACUGAAAGUA